AUGAAAAAGUCGAAUCCCUUCCUGGGAAUCCUAAUACUUUUGCACAGCAUCCUCACUGCUACUGGCAGACAUCACUUUGAAUCGACCGUCCAUCCUGGCUUCAAGGUUACUUCAGCCCAAAUCGGUGACUAUGAUUUCCCUCAGUGUCUCAUCCCGUUAACACCGCAGUGCUACACAGACAAUGCCUCCUCACAGGUGAAUUUCAAAAUAAUGGAUACGAAGGAGAUUACUGCGUUAGAAUUUCUCGGCUCAGGAGGUGCUAACGCAAAGUUCAAAGUUCUUCCACCAGGUAGUAGUGCGGAGGCCAAGGGCAUAGUCAUCUCAGGAAACGUAAUUGCAGAGCAACAUUUUCUUUUACCAUUUGUGCCAAAGGUAAUUUAUUCAGCAUCUUCAAUGUAA